AUGAAUGACUAUCAGCUAAGAGAUGUCUUAAGGCCGAAGGACGACGUUGAUUCGGCGGUGCAUUCGACAGGGCCGACAAUUGAUAAGGAAACAAAUCAAAGAUAUUUGUGUGUGGAAAAAGAGUUCGUUUACAUUGAGAAAUUCUUGGUAUCCGCUGGCAAAGAGCAGAGAAAACCGAUAACAAGGGACAUGUCCGGCGAAAAUAAUGAUUAUACAAAAGAAAUUGCAGCGUCCAGCAUACGUUCUGGUUUGGCUGAAUUAGAAUUGAAAACGUCACAGGUUUUGCAACGUUUGGAAAAUGUUAAAGCAGUACCCGUUGAAACACCACCCGAUGGCGCACCCACUGAGGCAAUGGAUCAACUAACAUUGGAUGAACGCAGUGCUGCCCUGCAACAACAACAAAACUCUGCCAAUAACACCACUACGCCCACUCGUGUGGCCCAACAAUUACAUGGCAUACGCAAGCCACCCUCAGAGAUUCUCAAAUCAUUGGAACUGCUUAUCUCCUAUUCAGAUUCCGAUGAAGAUCCUGAAUUUCCCCUACCCGCACUGGAUGAUGUUUCACAUUUGGCAUUGAUAUCACACAGCAUUGUUGCCUAUCUUUCACAUUUGGAUGCUAAACAAUUGGUGCGGGUUACACGAAGUAUUGCUGGCGAUACAACCCAUUGGCUAGGGACAUUGUUCCGUUUUAUGGACCCCUCCAGUAGCUUUCACAAUGAUAAUGCUGAUGCAAUAUUACGUGUCGUCCGACUGGCCAUUGUUGCCCGUUGUCCAGGCUAUUUGGAGGGUGGUAUACCCGCCUUGGCUCAUCCAUGUUUAUAUAUUUCGGAAAAUACAACACCAAUGCGUUUGCAAUAUGCCUGUCGUCAAUUGGGUAUACCAUUGGAUGCAAUACGUCUAAUACCGGGUAAUACCACAUUUGGUACAAUGGAUUUGUCUGUACUACAGCGCCAGAUACAAAUCGAUUUGCAAUCGAAUCGUACCCCACUAUUGGUCAUAGCUGAUGUGGGGGCCUCCCUGUGUGGCUAUGUGGAUAAUAUUAUGCGCAUGCAUGAGAUUUGUAAGGCAAAUAAUCUUUGGCUACAUGCCACAGGUCAUGGGCUGGCGGCUUUAGUUUGUUCUCAAGGACCGGGGGUGAUAAGUUCAUUGGUUGAUUCCAUAACUUUGUCCCUGGGCAGUUGGUUGGGUAUACCAAGUUUGCCCAUUGUGUUACUACACCGCCAGCUGAAUAAUUCAGCACUCAAUGCAUUUGACCAGGAUCCCAUAUUGUCAAGGCGCCUUAAUUCCUUGGCCUUGUGGACUAGCUUACAGGCCUUAGGCCGUGAUGCUAUUGCCGAACGUAUACAUGUAGCUUUCCAGACAUGCAGUAUCCUUUUCGAAAUGGUUUCCGAAUGUGAAGGUAUUAAAGUUGUGAGCCGUCCACCAGGAGCUCAAUCUGGAAAAACUUUAUCCGAUGUGAUUAACAAACCUUUAGAUGUGAAUUUGCUCUUCGAAACUGCCGCUCCUGUGGUGGUUUUCCAAUUCGAUGGCAGUGUUACCGUAUCAGCAAACACAACAGCAGACAACAAUACAAGUCAUGGUUCGGAUGAAAUCAAACCUCUGGAAAAAGUUAGCAAUCCCUCAUAUUUUGAUCGUUUAAAUUCAUGGUUGGGGCAGAUACUACAAAGGGAUUGUCCAAAUUUUGAUUUUGAAAUAAUUGAGCAUGCCACUCAUGGCACCUGCAUACGUUAUUGCCCGUUGGAGUUGAGUUUGGGCGAACAACCGCCCACAGCAAAGAACCUAGAAAGUUUAGCUCAAAGUCUAGAGACGCAUGUGGAUAUUUUAAGAGCCACCAUCAAGCACAAAGCCACCUUUAUGUAUUUGGUUGAGAAAAGUGAUGUUUUGCGUUUCGUUAAUCUACCCGAUUGGGCUGGUAUGGGUGGUGUACGAUUUGUACCCGAUGGCUGGGAAUCGUUGUUAACGGAUCAAGCUAAGACGGAGUUAAAUAAAUUAAAUGCUGAUUUGGUGGAAUCGCUGAAGGCCACCGAUAAUGCAUUCUCUUUGGGUGAAGGUCCUGAUGGUCUCAUAUGUGUACGUUUUGGUAUGGUGACACAUGAAACGGAUGUUGAUGAAUUGCUCGAUUUGGUCGUGUCGGUGGGCCGGAAUGUCCAGGAGAAUUCACGGGUAUUGGAUACAAUGUCGGAAAUUGUGAAAAGGGGUAUUGAGGCCGCCACGGCAGACCUGCAGCGAGAAAGUGAGGAGAAACUGUGGCAAGAAGGUAUUUUACGUCACGUUCCGGUUGUGGGCAGAGUAUUUAACUGGUGGUCUCCCCCACCCAAAGAAACUGGUAUUAAAGGACGUAGCCUAAAUUUGACACAGGGUGUUGUUGAAUCUACCGAAAAUAUUUACAAAUACCACAUGCAAAUCUCGGCUACCCACAAUCAAUUGCCGGCAAAUAAAUCACCACCCACACCCAUGGUGCAGACACCACUUAUUAAUCCAGCCGAUAAAGUGCCUCCAGUAUUUCCUAGUACUUCUGGGUCCACCACCAAUAAUUCACCAACUUCGCAGAAGUCACUUAGUGAUGAGGCUUCAGCAUCGCCCACAAAAACUGGCAAUGGCGCCCCCGCAACCACAACAGCAGCUGCUGGUGCUGCAGUUGGCAAUCCCGAUGAUGUUGGACAUAAUCGUAAUGUUAGUCAAAGUAGUGCUGCUUCUUCGGUACCAGAAUUGGUGGCAAUUAAUAAUAAUAAUAGUGCAAUUAAUAAUACUAGCGAAACAACAAACAUACCAACAACAAAUGAAAAUAGCAAAUCAUAA